AAAGACGAUGCGCGUGCGUUUCGGUAUGCAAAGGAUGGUGCAUUAUCCAAUGACAAGUACUGUCAGUAUAUUGUGGGGCAUAUGUAUUUGAAAGGUAGAAGCGUAAAGGAAGAUGCGGCAGAAGCGAUGAAAUGGUUGGAUGCAUCAGCCAAGCAAGGAUUUACUGUUGCCCUGGAAGAACAAGUGGCGGUCUAUAUGCAUGGAGCAGGCAAUGUUCCUAAAGAUUACAAGAAAGCAUACCAAUGCUGUACACAGAGUAUAGCAGCUAAUAUACCCUAUUGCCAAGUAUGUCUAGGGGACAUGUACCGAAAUGGAUGGGGAGUGGAACAGGAUUUUCAUAAAGCGUUUGAAUACUAUCAAAACGCAGCAUCCACGCAGCAGUCAGAUAUACCUUAUUCACAUGCUCAGCAUAUGAUUGGAGAAAUGUUCUUGCAUGGUGAAGGCGUGCCCAAGGAUUUGGCAGUGGCCAAGGAAUGGUUUCAGAUCGCGUCU